UUCGGCUUUCAAUCGUACUUCAGCAGCUCUCACCUGCAUAAUGACAGAAAGCAAACGAACUCUCGUCUAUUUGAUCACCGGAGGCUGCGGUUUCCUCGGAAAGCAUCUGCUUGAUGUUUUGAUAGAGAAGGAGAAAGAGCUGGCGGAGGUGCGGGUGUUUGACAAACACAUAGACCGGAGCUUUAGCGAGCGGAGAGGCGCAGAUGAUGUGAAAGUGACUACCCUCCAAGGAGACAUCACAGAUUACAGCAGCGUGUUGGUGGCCACCCGGGGGGCUGAUGUCGUUAUCCAUGCUGCCAGCCUGGUGGAUGUUUGGCACAAAAUUCCGGAGGCCACGAUCUACUCUGUCAACGUUACAGGAACGGAGAAUGUGAUCAAAGCGUGCGUGGAAUGUGGCGUUGAGCGCCUUGUCUACACAAGCAGCAUGGAAGUGAUUGGACCCAACCUCAAUGGAGAUCACUUCAAGAGAGGCAAUGAAGACACAAAGUAUGAAAUCAAGCACACUAUGGCCUAUCCCAAGAGUAAGACAAAGGCAGAGAAAAUGAUCCUGGAGGCCAAUGGCAGAAAGGUGAGGGGGGGGAAGUGUUUAUACACCUGCUCACUAAGACCGACGGGGAUCUAUGGCGAAGGUCACCAACUAAUGAAGGACUUCUACAACCUGGCUGCAGAACGGGGAGGCCUUGUUAUUGGGGGUAUCCCAGAUCACAUUGAACAUGGGCGUGUCUAUGCAGGUAACGUCGCUUGGAUGCAUGUCCUUGCAGCUCGAGCCCUGAGAGGGAAUCCUGGGAAAGUUGGUGGUGAAGCUUUUUUCUGCUACGAUGACUCCCCCUAUAAAAGCUACGAGGACUUCAACAUGACAUUGCUGUCUGAGUUCAACUUUCGGAAGGUCCGCAUGCCUGCAAUCGUUCUGUUGUUCCUGGCCAUCUUAAAUGAUUUUCUUCGCUGGAUACUGAGUCCAGUAUACAACUACACACCACUGCUUAACCGAUAUACGCUGGCUGUAGCCAGCACCACCUUCACAGUGCAAACGGACAAAGCACAGAGAUAUUUCCAGUACCAGCCCCUCUAUGAUUGGAAUCAGUGUUUAGCACGUACACAAACGUGGAUCAGAACUUUUCCGUCUAAACCAAAGAACUGUUAGUAUUUCCUCAACCACCACAGCGUUUUCAGACCCCAAUUCUGCAGGCAAGCAGGAUCCAGAUCAAGAACGACUUGCUGCUCAUUAAAAUACUGUGAGCUAUAAAAGGCAGUGAGAGCAUUUUUAGUCGCUCGUAUCAAAUCAUAAAUCACAUCUUAAUCACAAGAAAUGACCUAUUCUGGCUCUUUCAUCUGUAGUUAAUAACUAGAUACAUACAAAAAUAUAUGUCUAGUGCCUUGUUACCAUGGAGAUUAAAUAUA